CACUCGAGAGACAGCAGCAAGUCUUAGUUAAGGCAUGAUUCAGAGAAAGGAAUUGGUGCUCUCUGUCCUCGGGGAGCUUCAGGAGGCCACUGAAUCCAUGGGUCUAGAUGCCCUAAUUAAAGUGGCCCUGGAAGUGGAGCAAGCCCUUGCCCCGUUCCAGCUCCCCACAGUACAGUCUUCUGAGAUCUCAUCUUGGUUGGGCAUUGACGCUGUGGCUCACAGACUGUACCCAGAAGAUGCACCAGUUGGCCUGCUUCCUUUGGCCUGUAAAGGAGAGGGCAAUCUACUGUUUGAUGCUGCUAGCAUGUUGCUGGUGGGCUCCACAAGCCUGAGCUUGGAGUUGCAGGUCAGAACGGUGGUGGAGAUGCUGUUGUGGAAGCAGUAUUACCUCAGUGGCAUGAUAGAUUCCAAAGUCAUGCUACAGGCAGCCAGGUUUUCUCUGUGUGCCGAGGAAUCCCAGGAUAUGCUUAAGCUGCCUGUACAGGUGCUGGAGGCCAUUUUUGAUGCAGAUGUCAAAGCUUCUUGUUUUCCCAACUCUUUCGCGAAUAUGUGGCAUAUCUAUGCCCUGGCCUCUGUCCUUCAGAGCAACAUCUACUCCAUCUACCCCAUGUAUAACCUGAAGAUCAGGCCCUAUUUCAACCGGCUUAUUCGUCCCAGAACGUGGCCCAAGCAGACUGAGCACAUGACGCUCCACAUUAUGUGGUCUGGUGAGCUUGAAGCAGGGUCCAUAUUUAAGCCGCACAACUUUGUGGCCUUAAUUCAUGCCAGUGACCUUAAAAUUGGAAGCCCCAGCAGCGAGCAGAGGUUACCAUCAGUAAAGUCCAUGGACCUUCCUAAUGACGACUCACAGCUGUCUUAUUCCACCCUCAAAGACAAGUUCAACAUCACAAAGAGCACCUUUUAUCGCUGGAGGAGGCAAAGCAUGGAGUACCAUAAGAAAUCUGUCGCACGGUAUGAGGCCAAACAUUUUUUCCAGGCCUGCUACAAAGAAGGGAAGCUAAUACCCCAGAACCAGUUCAGAGAAUUAUUCCCAGAAAUCUCCAGAUCUACCUACUACGCUUGGAAACAUGAGCUCAUGACCACCGGCAGCAUUGGCUCUGGAAGCUCCACCGGAGAGGUGAGCCCCAGAGAAAGCAACGAGCAAGACUACUGGUCAUCUCCAGAGAGCAGGAAGCCGUUCAACCAGGAAACCUUUUCCAACCUGGUAGCACUCGGUUCAGAGAAGCUUGAAGCAGAUCGGGCUCAGAAUGCAACAUUAAUGCAGGAGGCGAAGAAGAGCCUUCAGAAUUGCAUCGCCACGAACACCUCGUUUCCCUACAGAAUAUUCAAAAGGAAAUUCCCAGGAAUAUCAAGAUCCACGUACUACAAUUGGAGGAGGGAAGCCCUGUUACUUACGCCGUUCAAAGAUCAGUCAGGCAGUGGGGAGGAAAGCUCAGAUGUGGACAAAGCCCAGAGUCCCACUGAGAAGCUGUUACCAGGAGGUUUGCCAACAAGUCCCAGGAUGAACCACAGAGCCAGGCUCUCUAGAUGCAACCAGAAAAGUCUCAGACUGUUGUACUUCCAGAAGAAGAAGCUUAGAGAAGAGGCCAAAGCACAAGUACAGAAGACAAAGAUGUCAUUGUUUAAAUUUAAGCUGAAGUUCCCGUCCAUCUCCUCUUAUUACUACUGGCUUUGGAGGGAUAUGCUCAACAAGAAACCUCACAUGCAGCCUAAUCUGAGUUUUGAGAUGGAUGAGUCCAGAAAGGCUGAAGUUCAAGGAUUGAUGACCCAACAUGUAUUCAGGCAGGCGGAAAAUCCGACACGGUUCACGUUCGAUGUAAACAUGCAUUAUCUAAACAACCAGGCAGCGAGUCCCACGGAAUUAUCCUUGCCCAAAUACCCCUUGUCAGACAACAACAACAGUGAGCAAAUGUUUGUGAUGGAUGUUGUGGCAUUGGCCAAUUUCAAGGCCAAAGCUAAACUGUUUCUGCAGCAGCGCUUUGAGGAGAAGUCUUUCCCCACUUUCAAAGAGUUCAGGUCUUACUUUCCUCUCACUCCACGCUCUACGUAUUACAUGUGGAAACGGGCGCUGCAUCACGGUGUGCCAUUAGUUCAUGGAUAA